UGAGGUGCUUUUCUUUUCUUCUCGUGUCCCCGGAAAAGUUUUGCCGGAAAGUUUCAUCGAUCAUUGUUUGUUCUAUCUACUAGGGGGAAACAAAAACAAAUUCAGACGAUGAUCAAACCCAUUUGUUUUCUUCUUUGUUUCUGCUUCCUUCCUGUAAAAGUCUCAUCCUUUUGACAUUAAGUCUCUUCUUCUCUGUUUCAAAACUUCUCUGUUGGGUUUUGUAUCUUCUUCUUCAUUUCCCUGAUUCUUGUUUUUGUUUCCCCGAGAAAAUUAAUGAAACGGCGGCUAUAUUCUCGGGAGAUCCUAUCGAACCCAUGUUUUUGAAUCAGUUCAUGCACUUCCUGAAAUCUAUUCAUACUUUCAGAAGGAAAUACCUAGUUUAACUACAUCUUUUAACCCUAGAUCCUCUGUUUUUCAAAAACCUACCUUGUGAUCCAAGCAAAAAAACAUCUACUUGAUUUUACCAUGUCUAGUUCAUGCUUCAAUCCGUUUCGUCUACGUUGGUGGUCUCUAAGAUCCAAAUUACCUCCAGAGCCUUCCCUCCCUCCUUUACCCUCUCACCCGUCUUCCUCUAAAGGCACUCGGUAUGCAGAAGCAGAGACGAUGGAAAAGAAGAGAUUCGACAGUAUGGAAUCUUGGUCUAUGAUCCUGGAGUCAGAGAACGUGGAGACAUGGGAAGCAUCUAAAGGCGAAAGAGAAGAAUGGACCGCAGAUCUUUCACAGCUCUUUAUAGGAAACAAAUUUGCUUCCGGAGCACACUCUCGAAUUUACAGAGGGAUCUACAAACAAAGAGCCGUCGCUGUGAAGAUGGUGAGGAUCCCAACACACAAAGAAGAGACAAGGGCUAAGCUCGAACAACAAUUUAAGUCUGAGGUUGCUCUGCUUUCUCGUCUCUUUCAUCCUAACAUCGUUCAGUUCAUUGCAGCGUGCAAGAAACCACCCGUAUAUUGCAUAAUAACAGAGUACAUGUCACAAGGAAACCUCCGAAUGUACCUAAACAAGAAAGAGCCUUACUCGCUCUCGAUCGAGACCGUACUCAGACUGGCCCUAGACAUCUCAAGAGGAAUGGAGUAUCUUCACUCACAGGGUGUUAUCCACAGAGACCUAAAGUCCAACAAUUUGCUUUUGAAUGACGAGAUGAGAGUUAAAGUUGCAGACUUUGGGACAUCUUGCCUUGAGACGCAAUGCAGAGAGGCCAAAGGUAAUAUGGGAACAUAUCGAUGGAUGGCUCCGGAGAUGAUCAAAGAAAAGCCUUACACUAGAAAAGUCGAUGUUUACAGCUUUGGUAUCGUUCUAUGGGAACUCACCACUGCAUUGCUUCCGUUCCAAGGCAUGACUCCCGUGCAAGCCGCAUUCGCAGUUGCUGAAAAGAACGAGAGACCGCCAUUACCGGCGAGCUGUCAACCCGCGCUAGCUCACCUAAUCAAGAGGUGUUGGUCAGAGAACCCGUCGAAGCGGCCAGACUUCUCAAACAUAGUGGCGGUGCUAGAGAAGUACGACGAGUGUGUCAAAGAAGGACUGCCUUUGACGUCACACGCAAGCCUCACGAAGACAAAGAACGCAAUUCUAGAUCGCCUUAAAGGCUGCGUCUCGACCAUUAGCUCACCAUUUACUUCCUCGUCUGUUCCUGUAAAUGCUUAGUAGAUCAAAGUUGUUUUUUUAAGUAUCUAUAACCUGAACUCAUUCCAGAGUUUACGAUUCUUAUUUUUCCUUUCACUAGUUAUUUGAUUGUAUAUUGCAUCUAUGUGAUGUUAUGAU